AGCGGCUGCAAACGCAAAGCAAAACACGUGUGAUUUUUAAAUUUACAAAAUAAACCACACAAAAAAGUAGUUAUUAAAUUUAUUAAAUAAAAGAGUAAUUUUAAAAUAAAUUAAAUCAAUAAAAUGGAUGAAAAUGACGAUAAAUUAAAAUUACAAUACUUAGCCGGAGGAAGUUUAAUUAAAUUUAAACCAAUCUUCUCACCAGACUCAAAUCUUUUGUUUGUGGUGACAGACAGAAGUGUACAAGUAUUUUCUGUCUCAACGGGUCAACUCACCCAUGUCCUUGAAGGAGCCAAGGACCCUCUGAUUAGUUUGGAAUAUGAUUUACUUGACAAUCAAAUUCUUGUUGGUUGUACUGAAGGUGGCGAAGUGAUUCGUUGGAAAUGGGCCACGGGAACUAUCCGCAGUCGAGUUCAACUUAAGGUCAAGGGAACUGCACAAUUUCAUACAUUUAAUUUUUUAAAAUUAUGUCAAAAUGAAAUGCCCUGUGCAGUUAUUACCGUCGUCAAGAAUAAAAACCCUGUCCAAUGUUAUAUUGUUAAUAGUGUCGAUGGAAAUAUCUUAAACUAUCCUCUUGAUUUGUUAUUGAAACGACAAAAACCUAUUGUGGAUGUGGACAAGGAUAACUUUAAAUACUUUGUUAUCAUUCAAGGACCUUUCCUGUUCUUUGUCGAUUACCAAACAUGGGAAUGGAGAAAGUUAACCAACGAAAUGAGUUGUCCCAUCACAUGUGUAAGGGUUCAUCCCAAAGAAAAAAUGAUUGCCACAGGAGACGAGCAAGGAAAAAUCAUGAUGUGGCGGAAUUUCUUUAAAACCAACGACGACGUUCGAAUGACCCUCUACCAUUGGCAUCAUAGUCCAGUUACGAGUAUAGUAUUCUCUGCAACUGGUGCCUCAAUGUACAGUAGUGGUCAUGAGACUGUCCUUGUCAAAUGGACCAUUAAAAGUCCUGAACUCAAAGAAUUUGUUCCAAGAAUGUCAUCAAUUAUACGUCACAUCGCAUCAAAUGAAAAUAAUACAACAUUUGCUGUGUCCACAGCUGAUAACGGAAUUCAAAUUUUGGGUGUUGAUUUUCAAACCAAAUGCACUCUGCAAGAUUUCACUUACACGUACGACGAUAAAACAGGAAAAGACAAGUUUCCAGUUGGUUUGCGAGUGAAUCCACGUAAGAACACACUUGUGCUGAAUGGGAGAGUUGGUCAUUUGCAAUUCUAUUCUGCCCACACAAAAACAAUGCUCUACAAUGUUGACGUUGUGGGGCUAAAUCCACUUUGCUAUGAAACUGAGAAAAUCCUUUAUAAUACCCGAGUUACCCAAGUGGCUCAUAAUAUCGAUUGGAUGGCAACUGCAGAAGAAUUCAACGACGAGCAGCAUCUACCUGAAGUUCGUCUCAAAUUUUGGCUUUACAAUAAGAAACUUCAAGAUUAUGGUUUAAUAACAAGUGUAGAAUUCGCCCAUCAAGGCGGUAUCAGGGCCAUUGAAUUUUCGAAUCCAAAUUACGUCGAGAAUCUUCUGUGCGCAACAGUUGGCAAUGACAACAUCAUUAAACUAUGGUCCCUAGAAUAUUCAGGUGACAUUCAUAAAAAUAAACAAAUAUGGUUUUGUGUGGCGCAGACAAGUUACAAGAAUUUACCCUGUGAAUCACUUGGAUUCUGUGAAGAUGGUUCAUUGCUGGCAGCUGGUUUUGGAAACACCCUCUGUGUGUACAAAGCCGAGAAUCUAAGCCUACUGACAGCCCUCGCGCCAGGUGGAAGUUUUGAUGGUAGUUUGCGAAAGGCUCAAAUACGUGUUCCUAAAUUGAAUAAAAACGGUUCGAAAAAUGACCUCAACUCCAAGAAACAAAAAAUAGUUCAAUUAUUUUCAAAUCUCCUCCACGCCAAAGAUGAGACUCUUCUGAAAGAAAUAAAAAAUUCAGUAAAGACAAGAAAAAUUCGAGAAAUUGAAACUCUUGACAAUUCACAAAAACAAUUAUUGUACAAGAAAAUUCGAUCCAUGAAUCAAUUGAAUCUAUUCCAGAAACUUUUACUCUAUCAAAAGUUGGGAAUUGCGUUUCAACUUAACGAAGAAUGGCAUUCAAAGAUAGUUGCGUAUGUGAAUGAUAAUGUACCCAGUGCUGGAAAGACAAAAGAACUGAAGAAGCAAAUUCCCUGCUUGAAUUUAAAAUCUCGUUUCAAAGCUAAAUUCAUGAUUAAUAAGUAUGUGAAACGAGAGCAAAGCUACGAUCAGAAUAUUGUCAAUAAAUUGGCUCCAUUGUUGAGUUUGUUGAAGUUGGAUGGUGCGAGGGCUAAGCCAGUCUUAACGAAUGGAGUUGGAAAUGGAGAGCCGCCAAAGGAAGAGACAGAGACACAAUCGGGCGGUAGUAAACCUGUCCCACCAAUGCAAUCCCUCCUUACGAUAAAAAAGAUUCUAUUUUGUUCCGGAGAUUUUGCACAUUUGGUAAUUGCAUGCACUGAAAAUAGACUGCUCAUCUGGAACCUCCUUAAUCUGCGGUUGCAAACCGUUUUGAAGCUAUCCACAGAACAAAUAGCCAUUGAUUCUAAAAAUAAUCUAGUUGCUGUUUUCACAAAGAACAAAGAAUUGCAUAUAUUUUCUCCAAGCGACACCUUGACGCUGUAUUUCAGGAAGAAUAUGCCACGAGUAUUGGGUGCCGUUUGGCUGCCAAGGAAACAGCCCAAAGCGCAAGCUUUCUUCGUCAACUGGCAAUCAAGAUCGAUAUUGUAUUUCUUGACAGAUAAUAAUGAAAUUAUGUAUCUCGGAGCUGAUGACGACCUUAACGAUAAAAAACUGACUUUUGAAAAAGAACAAAAUUUUGCUCCAGUCAAAUAUUCGACAUUUGGUACCUAUGCUAAAAAUCAAGUUAAUACUAAACAAAAUGCGGAUCUUAAUAAUGAAGCAACGGCAAUUGGUGUCCAUGGAAAAGCAGCUGUGAAAUCGUUUUUGGAAAUGUCCUCCCAAACAAUGGCUCCAUUGAGUUUACUGUGCAAUGAUUUCUUAAAAUCAGUUAUCGAAUUAAAUGUACCAUCUGAAGCUAAAAAAUCAAAAACAUCUAAAAAUACACAAUUAAAUGGUUUUUAUGACUCGAGUGAUAAUGAAGAUGAUGACUAUAAAACGCAUAGAACUUUAAUUGAGAAAGUGGGUAAUAUCACAAAGAAAGAGAAUGACAAUACAAAUUUGUUAAGUGAAGAAUAUUUACAUAAAAUUGCUGCUGAAACGAUAGAAAUAGAUUUUUAAUAUUAAAAAACAACAACAAAAACAACAAUAUUAAAUUAAGAAUCCAGUUGAAGAGUGACGAAUGGAAAUGUGUACAAAUGUUAUUUUUUUGUUUGUAUAAAGAAUAAAUAAAUACUUAUUUUUUAAUAAACUAAAAA